UGUAGCCCUACCUCUGGCAUAUUUUGUAAUGUACAUGUAUAUGCUAUCCUGGGUUGCUGGGAUUGCAGGUACGCGUGCGUACAAAUGCGUAUCUACUACGUCAACCCCUCGGGCAAUAAAGCCCCAAAUAUAAAAGCAAGAAAAAGGAAAAUAACAGGAAAGUAGAACAAAAACAAGAGCAAUGCCCACAAUUGCAACACACAAACAAGAAAUGAAUCCUAGUCAAUAUGACUAACACCAUUUGUGUCCCCGUGUCUUGGUGUUCUCCUAUCUUCCCCGCGGCGUCAGCAAGACCUCGAAGAUAGCAAUUCAUGUCUGGCGUCUUACGACAGAAUAACCCUCGCGGAGAAACGUUCGCUGUCUACCUCCUCCCUUCCUCGGAGCCUCUCGAAUCUCCCCGCGACUCUGUUUCACCGUCUGCUCUUGUAGCGGACAAGAUGUCAAGGACCACAACCAUUCCUGCUACAACAAUCACGGCUACUACAGAUGGGCAGCUGUCUGAGCCUGGAGAUUUCAGUAUCAAUCCCAGUGAAGACGCAUCCACUGAGAAUCCACCAAUGACCAUGAUUGGUGUCGUGGGCCGCAUGGCUCCGACCUAGUUGCGGAGCUGGGUUACAUCUUUCACCCCUCUGCAUGAGGAAAAGGAUAUGCAACUGAAGCAGUCUCCGCGUUCGUGGAUAGGUUCUAGGGAGAGCAGGUUGAUCCGGAAAACUUUGCUUCUACUAAUGUGUUGGAGAAAUGUGGGUUUGCUCUCGUUGCGGAGGCGAAUGAGGAUGGCGAGAGACUACUAAUUUUUAGGAUUUUUAGGACUAGGAUAUGACUAGGGAGCAUAUAGUUUCGGUGUUGUAUGGCCGUUGUGGAAUCCCUAAUUGAGUAUAUGUUUGAGAAAACCCAUGCUAUUCUAGUAUAUUACUCUGUUAUAUAAUAUAAUAUUUGCGUAUGAGCUGCCUCAUAGAUAUUUCUUAGGAUUUACAAACCCAUUUUUCUAGAUAGAACAGCAUUUUGCAGGGAAAGGUAAUGAGAAAAUGACAAGGAAUAGGGUAAGGAAUAGGAAACAUGCGAGGAGAGAAAAAAUACAGUAAGUGAACUUAACUCGUCGGCAACCCCGAGACUUUGAAUAAGGCCCUCCUUUUCCCCGGAUAGCUCUUUUUCCUCAACGUACAAAAUGGACAAUAUUCCAAAAUUUUCGCCAAAUAGAUGUUACCGUUGAGUUUUUAACCUGUAGAUCAACCCCCGGAAGUUGAGGAGGAAAAGGUGGGGAAAAAUCAGCACAUUUGUCUUUGCCUCUUGGGUUGCAAAUCUUCCUCAACAUCUAGUUCACGAACCUGUCGUUUCUUUGCCCCGUUUACGCCAUGGCCGUUGCUUACAGGAACUUCCUUUGGAGGAAUGUGAGUGGCUGGCUUCGGGAUUCCAUCUCUGGCUCCUGGGCUGAACACUUCUCUCUUGGGCAUGUAGUAGCUCUGGCCUAACAUGUGCAACUUUCGUCGAUCGGUCUUGUUUGAUUUCGUGCGCGGUAUUCGAUCGACGAGCAGGAAGAGCGUGGGGAUUUGAAUUUCUGGUAAAGUAGCACCAAUCGCCUUCUUGAUCAAUUCGACUUUCGAAUAUGCGCUGUGGUUUUCGUUAAUUGUUCGGAAGGUAAUUGGUUCGUUGGGCCAAGCCUUGCUGCUCAGGUUCAUUGGAUUGUCUGCAAGGUAAAGAAAGGCGGUAAGAAUGGGACUUUCGACGCCGUCUAUGGCGCCAAGUAAGUCGACAACAAUGGAGUCUUCGGGUGAUAGGCAUUUCCUCGCAGUGUAUUCAACCUCGAUAGCGUCGACCCUGCCGCCAUCAAUCUUCAAAAGAGUGUCUUUUCGUCCGACGUAGGUUAGGGUACCGUCGUGGUUGUAUUUUAC